AUGUUUUUAACUUCCAAAUUUUAGUAUAACAAAAUUAAGAAAUAAAUGAGAAUAAUUUUUCUGAUUUUCAUAUAUUUUUAUUUUUACAACCUUAAAAAUAAUAGAAUAAGAAUAAAGUUAUAAUACCCAAUUUACUUAUAUAGAAUAAGCACAACUAUUAAAUAAUAUUUAUUAUCAAAAACCAUGUUAUGUUUGUAUCUCUUUUUAUUCAAUCAAAUAAUUCAAUAAAUUCAGAUUUAUACAAUUUCUAUAAUUCAUUUUAUUGUUUUUUCCAUAUCUAAAUAAUAAAUAUUAAUCAUUUGGAUUAAUAAAUAUGAGACAUAUAUCGCAUUUGUAUUUUUAAUAAAACAAAAUCAUUAUUACUAGAUUUAAAUCAAAAUAAAAUGA